AUGACGGAAGGGAAAAGAGAAAACAUCACAGCUGUCCGAUCAAGUGCCUACCAAAUCGAGACGGAAGCCCAGUCCGGCACGAACCGGCCAGGCUCGGAGUUUCCAGUUCGAGGCCAUGUGCUUCUGCUAGCCACACGUAUCAUGCCAGUCAUGCUUCAGCCAUUUCCACUGGAGAUCUGGUUCCUGAUCAUUGAUGAACUUGGUGCGGAAAGCGGGUACGACGCAUUAUCAGCUUGUUCAAAUGUCUGUCCGGAGUGGCACGAGAGAACGAAGAAGUACAUUUUGCCCGAGAUGACAUUCAGGACACAGGAGGAGGUUGCAAGCAUCAAAGUAGGGCGGGGGUUGGGCUGGGGAGGACCGAGGGAAGUAUGCAUCGAGGGUGGAAGGCGCAGCGAUGAGCGGCUUCCGAUUCCACACCUGAGGACGUUCGCAUCGAGGCUUGCACGAAGAUGGACUGGCGUAGAGACGCUGAGGAUUGAGCGGGCGGAGUGGCGGGUACAGGACCUGGAUGCCAACACUGUCCUGCUCGAUUUGUCUUGUUUCGAUUCGAUCACACAGCUCCGCCUCCAUAACGUCACGUUCCCUUCCUUCCUAACGUUUGGCCGCCUCGUCAGUGCCUUUUCACGCCUCGAAGAGCUUGACGUCUGUGAUAUAGAUAUUGUUUGUGAUAUAGAUAUUGUCAAGGCUGCCAUCGACGCCCAAAUGAUAGACAUUCACGGUCAAACACCACCACCAGAACCACCAGACUUUUUCAUUGCCGUCUGCAGUCCGUCAAGAGCAUGGUUCAACAACUGA